GGCUGGCGGACCUUCGUGCGGCUAAGGAUAGACUAAUACCGAACCGGCAGUCAAGCUGUUGGGAUUCUCGUCCGUGCAUCACACAGUGCGUCGGGCGAGCUUAGGAGGAAUUUCUGUGUAUAUACCGCCGCAGUGAUCCCCUCAGCGCCAGCUGAUCUGACCGUUCUCGCGCCUUCUUCGCUUCCCUCCUUCUCAACAUAGACCAGCGCUGCGAUUGGCACUUCUCUUCUGCUGCCACGCAACACCAUCCAUUACAACCCUCCCUUAAUAGAAUCAACGCGGAGGACUUGAGAGAUCGGACAGCUACCGCCCCACAAAGCUGUCCCCCUGACGAUUGUCUUUUCUGGGAACCCCUCAAGCUGAACUCAGGCUGACACCGCCGCUCCUUUUCUGAGGUCAGAGCCGCAGCUGCAUGACCCUUACAUCGCGCUUCCUUCUGUGCUCUGCAAACUAUCAUUAAACCAGCGCUCUGAGACUUCUACAAACCACUGCGAACAUGGCCGACGCAGUGGGCGGAGCGCCCAAGGUCAAUGGCGUGAAGACGAACGGGGCCAAUGGCUACCCCAGCAGUUACUCGGCCAAGUACCAAUUGGCGUCUCACUUCAUCGGUGGCAAUGAGCUUUCCAAGGCUGCCCCGAGCAAAGUGAAGGACUUCGUGGCCGCUCAUGACGGCCACACUGUAAUUUCAAGUGUCUUGAUUGCGAACAACGGUAUCGCCGCAGUCAAGGAGAUUCGAUCGGUUCGGAAAUGGGCAUACGAGACCUUUGGCGACGAGCGGGCCAUCCAGUUCACUGUGAUGGCCACGCCAGAGGAUUUGGCGGCAAACGCCGACUAUAUCCGUAUGGCUGACCAGUAUGUCGAGGUGCCCGGUGGCACCAACAACAACAACUACGCCAACGUGGAGCUCAUCGUGGACGUGGCCGAGCGGAUGAACGUCCACGCUGUGUGGGCAGGAUGGGGUCACGCAUCCGAAAACCCGAAACUCCCAGAAUCUUUGGCAGCGUCGCCGAAGAGGAUCAUCUUCAUUGGCCCGCCUGGCUCAGCCAUGCGAUCGCUUGGUGACAAGAUUUCUUCUACGAUUGUCGCACAGCACGCCGGUGUGCCUUGCAUUCCGUGGUCCGGUACCGGCGUUGAUGAGGUCGCUGUUGACGACAAGGGUAUCGUCACUGUCGAGGACGAUGUCUACGACAAGGGCUGCGUCCACUCCGUCCAGGAAGGUCUGGAGGCUGCUCGCAAAAUCGGCUUCCCCGUCAUGGUCAAGGCCUCCGAAGGUGGUGGUGGCAAGGGUAUCCGCAAGGUGGAUAACGAGGACAACUUCGAGCAGCUGUACAAGGCUGCGGCAAGCGAGAUCCCGGGUUCGCCAAUCUUUAUCAUGAAGCUCGCUGGCCAAGCACGGCAUUUGGAAGUCCAGCUGCUGGCUGACCAGUACGGCAACAACAUCUCCAUCUUUGGCCGUGAUUGUUCCGUCCAGCGAAGACAUCAAAAGAUCAUUGAAGAGGCACCGGUCACGAUUGCCAGCCAGAAGACCUUCCAGUCUAUGGCUGACGCUGCUGUCUCGCUCGGACGAUUGGUCGGUUACGUGUCCGCCGGUACCGUCGAAUACCUAUACUCGCACUCCGACGACAAGUUCUACUUCCUCGAGCUGAACCCGCGUCUCCAGGUCGAGCAUCCCACUACGGAGAUGGUGUCAGGCGUCAACAUUCCGGCUGCUCAGCUGAUGGUUGCUAUGGGUAUCCCUCUCCACCGCAUCCGUGACAUUCGGUUGCUCUACGGUGCGGACCCGCACACUGCCAGCGAGAUCGACUUCAACUUCUCCAAGGAAGACACUUCUCUCAAGCAGCGCCGGCCGCAACCGAAGGGUCACUGCACAGCCUGCCGUAUCACCUCCGAAGAUCCUGGUGAAGGCUUCAAGCCCUCCUCUGGUACCAUGCACGAGUUGAACUUCAGGUCAUCCAGCAAUGUCUGGGGUUACUUCUCCGUCGGUGCCGCCUCCUCGAUCCACAACUUCUCCGACUCGCAGUUCGGCCACAUCUUUGCGUAUGGCGAGAACAGACAAGCGUCGCGGAAGCACAUGGUCGUCGCGCUGAAAGAGCUGAGCAUUCGUGGUGACUUCAGGACAACCGUGGAGUACCUCAUCAAGCUGUUGGAGACACCGGCUUUCGAGGACAACACCAUCACGACCGGCUGGCUUGAUGAGCUGAUCAGCAAGAAGUUGACGGCUGAGCGACCAGACCCCAUGGUCGCUGUCAUCUGUGGUGCCCUCACCAAGGCCCACAUGGCCAGCGAGCAGUGCAUCACCGAGUACCGCGUUGGCCUUGAGAAGGGUCAAACGCCAAGCAAGGAUAUCUUGAAGACUGUCUUCCCCAUCGAGUUCAUCUACGAAGGCCAGAAGUACAAGUUCACCGCCACGCGCUCCAGCUCCGACAGCUACACCCUCUUCAUCAACGGCAGCAAGGCUCUUGUUGGCAUCCGGCCGCUCACAGACGGCGGUCUGCUGAUCCUUCUUGGUGGACGCUCGCACAGCGUCUAUUGGAAGGAGGAGGUUGGUGCCAUCCGCAUGUCCGUGGAUGGCAAGACGUGCCUGCUUGAGCAAGAGAACGACCCGACUCAGCUCCGCACGCCGUCUCCAGGUAAGCUUGUCAAGUACACUGUCGAGAACGGUGAGCACGUGAAGAAGGGUCAGGCCUUCGCCGAAGUUGAGGUCAUGAAGAUGUACAUGCCUCUCCUCGCGCAAGAAGAUGGUCUGGUCAACCUCAUCAAGCAGCCGGGUGCGACUCUCGAGGCCGGUGACACCAUCGGUAUACUCGCACUUGACGACCCGUCGAAGGUCAAGUCUGCGCAGCCCUUCCUUGGCCAGCUUCCAGAGUUUGGCCACCCGACCGUGCUCGGUAACAAGCCGCCACAGCGAUUCGCCUACCUCUUCAGCGUUCUCCAGCACAUCCUCCAGGGUUAUGACAACCAAGUCAUCAUGGCCUCGACGCUCAAGGAUCUCAUCGCAGUCCUGCGCGACCCCGAGCUCCCCUACGGAGAGUGGAACGCCCAGGCGUCUGCGCUGCAUUCUCGUAUGCCGCAGAAGCUUGACACUCUUUUCGAAGAGACCAUCAAGCGCGCCCACGGCCGCCAGGCCGAGUUCCCGGCGAAGCAGCUGCAAAGAGCGUUUGACAAGUUCUUGCAGGAGAAUGUUUCGCGCGGUGACGCUGACCUACUCCGCACGACCUUGGCUCCUCUCAUGCAGAUCAUGACCAAAUACAACGAUGGCUUGAAGGCGCACGAGUUCGGAGUUAUGAACAUGCUCUUCGAGCAGUACGUGGCCGUGGAGAGCAUCUUCUCCGCCCGCCAGAGCCGUGACGAAGAGGUCAUCUUGGCGCUGCGCGAUGCGAAUAAGGACAAGGUCAUCAACGUCGUUCAGACUGUCCUCUCGCACACCCGCGCUAACGCGAAGAACAACCUCAUUGUUGCCAUCCUUCAAGCAUACAGGCCCAACCAGCCAGGCGUCGGCGAUGUUGCCAAGUACUUCCGCCCGGCGCUGCAGAAGCUGGCCGAGCUCGAAGGUCGAGCAACCGCCAAGGUUGCGCUCAAGGCUCGUGAGCUGUCUAUUCAGUGCGCGAUGCCGUCGCUUGAGGAGCGUACCACCCAGAUGGAGCACAUUCUCCGCUCCGCUGUAAUCGAGUCCAAGUACGGCGAGAGCGGCUGGGACCACAGGGAGCCCAACUUCAACGUCAUCAAGGAGGUCGUGGAUUCGCAGUACACCGUCUUCGACGUGCUGCCGCACUUCUUCGUUCACCAGGAUCCGUGGGUGUCGCUUGCAGCGAUGGAGGUCUACAUUCGCCGCGCCUACCGUGCGUACCAGCUGAAGACGAUCGACUACGUGGUCGACGAUGAUACGCCAUACGUGCUGGCUUGGGACUUCGCUCUUAGGAAGGUCGGCGAGUCCGCCUUCGGUCUGCCCAUCGAGUCGUCGCAUCCAUCGACACCAGGCACUCCUGGCGAAGGCAUGCAGCGUGUUCACUCCAUCAGUGACAUGAGCUACCUCAGUCGUCAAACCGGCGCUGGGGAACCAACACGAAAGGGCGCAAUCGUUCCGGUCAGCUUCAUUGACGAGGCCGAUGAGGUCCUCAUGAAGGCCCUCGAGACCUUCCCCGACUCUGGCGGGAAAGCCGACAGGAAGGAAGCCCCUGGAGCCUCACUCAUGGCGGACCUCUCCCGGAGACGCGCUCCAGGUAUUGCCAUUGAGCGACCACAGCAUGAUGAUGAGCUUACGAACGUGUGCAACGUUGCCGUCCGGGACACUGAAGGCAUGGAUGACAAGGAGGUCCUCCAAAGGCUGAACUCCAUCGUCGAAGACUACAAGACUGAAUUGCUUGCUCGCCGUGUGCGACGUCUGACAUUCAUCUGUGGUCACCGUGAUGGCACCUACCCAGGCUACUUCACAUUCCGCGGCCCGACCUAUGAGGAAGACCUCAACCUUCGCCACAGCGAACCCGCUCUCGCUUUCCAGCUUGAGCUUGGACGUCUCAGCAACUUCAACAUCAAGCCAGUCUUCACUGAGAACCGCAACAUCCACAUGUACGAGGCCGUCGGCAAGAACGCCGAGAACGACAAGCGCUACUUUGCCCGCGCUGUUGUCAGGCCUGGCCGCCUCCGGGAGGACAUCCCGACCGCUGAGUACAUGAUGAGCGAGGCUGAUAGGCUCAUGACCGACAUCCUGGAUGCCAUGGAGAUUGUUGGCAACAACAACUCCGACAUGAACCACAUCUUCAUCAACUUCGUCGCCGUCUUCCCGCUGCAGCCUAGCGAGAUCGAGCAGGCGCUUGCCGGCUUCCUUGACCGCUUCGGUCGCCGUGCCUGGAGACUCCGUGUCACCGGCGCUGAGAUCCGCAUCAUCUGCACGGACUCGAACGGCCAGCCGUACCCGCUCAGAGUGGUCAUCACCAACACCUCCGGAUACAUCAUCCAAGUUGAGCUGUAUGAGGAGCGGAAGUCCGAGAAGGGCAAUGACUGGUUCUUCCACAGCAUUGGCGGCACGACCAAGAUUGGCUCGAUGCAUCUUCGCCCAGUGUCUGCGCCAUACGAGACCAAGGGUGCCCUUCAGCCCAAGCGCUACAAGGCCCACAUCAUGGGUACGCAGUACGUCUACGACUUCCCAGAGUUGUUCCGCCAGGCCAUCGAGAUCAGCUGGAGGACCACCGUCGCACAGCACCCUGGCCUGCAGGACAAGCAGCCAGUGCAGGGUGAGUGCAUUGAGUACAGCGAGCUCGUGAUUGAUGACUCCGACAACCUUGCCGAAGUCAACCGCGAGCCCGGCACCAAUACCAUUGGUAUGAUCGGCUGGAUUGUGACGGCGAAGACUCCCGAGUACCCGCGUGGCCGCAAGUUCAUCAUUGUUGCCAACGACAUCACCUUCAAGAUCGGCUCGUUCGGUCCCCAGGAAGACCGCUUCUUCCAUAAGUGCUCCGAGCUUGCCCGCAAGAUGGGUAUCCCGCGUAUCUACUUGUCUGCCAACUCCGGUGCUCGCAUUGGCAUGGCUGAGGAGCUGAUCCCCCACUUCUCCGUGGCAUGGAAGGAUCCCUCGCGCCCAGAAGCUGGCUUUGACUACCUCUAUCUUACUCCCGAGAAGAAGGCGCGCUUCGAGGAUGGCUCGCUCAAGCACGUCAUCACCAAGGAGGUCAAGGUCAACGGCGAGACCCGCCACAUGAUCACAACCAUUGUCGGUGCUGAGGAGGGUCUUGGUGUGGAGUGUUUGAAGGGCUCUGGUCUCAUCGCCGGUGAGACAUCGCGUGCUUACGAGGAUAUUUUCACUAUCACGCUUGUCACCUGCCGUUCCGUCGGUAUCGGUGCCUACCUCGUUCGCCUCGGCCAGCGUGCCAUCCAGAUCGAGGGCCAGCCCAUCAUUCUCACUGGUGCUCCGGCCAUCAACAAGCUACUCGGUCGCGAAGUUUACACCAGCAACCUGCAACUUGGUGGCACGCAGAUCAUGUACAAGAACGGUGUUUCGCACAUGACUGCCAACGACGACUUCGAGGGUGUUUCCAAGAUCGUGCGAUGGAUGUCGUUCGUACCGGACAAGAAGGGCAACCCGGUCCCCAUCUCGCCAUCUGUGGACACCUGGGAUCGCGACGUCACUUUUAUGCCGGUGCAGAAGGUGCCAUACGAUGUUCGCCACCUCAUUGCUGGUCAGGAAACCGACAGCGGCUUCUUGUCUGGUCUCUUUGACAAGAACUCGUUCGAGGAGGCGCUCGGCGGCUGGGCUCGCACCGUUGUCGUCGGUCGUGCCCGCCUUGGCGGCAUUCCCGUGGGUGUGAUCGGUGUCGAGACUCGCUCUGUCGAGAACGUCUCGCCUGCCGACCCUGCCAACCCCGACUCAAUCGAGCAGGUUACCAACGAGGCUGGUGGUGUCUGGUACCCCAACAGUGCCUUCAAGACCGCUCAGGCCAUCCGUGACUUCAACAACGGUGAGCAGCUUCCGCUCAUGAUCCUCGCCAACUGGCGUGGUUUCUCUGGCGGUCAACGUGACAUGUACAACGAGGUUUUGAAGUACGGUUCGUACAUUGUUGAUGCGCUCGUCAAGUACGAGCAACCCAUCUUCGUGUACAUCCCGCCGUUUGGUGAGCUGCGUGGUGGUUCAUGGGUCGUCGUCGACCCCACUAUCAACCCGCAAAUGAUGGAGAUGUACGCUGACGAGGACGCUCGUGGUGGUGUUCUCGAGCCGGAGGGUAUCGUUGGCAUCAAGUACCGCAAGGAACGUCAACUCGAGACCAUGGCUCGCCUGGAUCAAACGUACGGUGAACUCAAGCGCCGCUCGUUGGAGAAGGGCAUCAGCGCCGAGGAAGCCACUGAGAUCAAGAACAAGAUGACGGAGCGCGAGCACUUGCUCCUGCCGGUCUAUCUGCAGAUUUCUCUGCAAUACGCUGACCUCCAUGACCGAGCUGGCCGCAUGAAGGCGAAGGACACCAUCCGCAUGCCUCUGCAGUGGAUCAACGCCCGCCGCUUCUUCUACUGGCGUCUUCGCCGCCGCUUGAACGAGGAGUACGUCCUCAAGCGCAUGGCGGCUUCGCAGUCCAAGGAGCUGCAGAGCCGGGCUGGCAGCCUCAAGACGCUUGAGGCAUGGUCAAGCCUGCCGCACUUCGGCACCGAUGACAUGAACGUGGCGAUGUGGUACGAGGAGAACAGGAAGACCAUCCACGAUAAGAUUGAAAACAUGAAAACAGAUGCUGUGGCUUACGAUGUCGCUUCGCUUAUGCGCAGCAACAAGUCGGGCGGUCUGAAGGGUGUGGCGCAGGUGCUGAGCAUGCUCCCGGUCGCGGAGAAGGAAGAGGUGCUCAAGUGGUUGUCGAAGGCAUAGAAAGACAAUAUAAGGGGUGGACGCAUUGCUGGUUGAAACAGUACGGAGUGUAAUUGGCAUGUACAUUGCGGAGGC